CUCUCUUCUUCUUCAUAUGAGCAUCACAAUUGCUGUCUUUCUUUCCAGUAAUUAAUGUUUUUACGGCCAGAAUCUUUUCUUCUUCUUUUUCCCCCUUCGCGUUAUUUUCCCAUAUAUAAGCAUUAUUGUUUUUUUUAAUUUCGAAAAAUCUUGCAUGGUUUGUUACAGUGGAUUCCUUUAAAUAAUCACAAAAUCUGCGAUUCCCGAAACCCCAACUGCCGUAUACCGUAAUAGGAAAUGGCGGAGAAAAUGAGCGGAAGCAACCUCAAGAGUGCAGCCGUGCAUGGCGUAACGAUGAACAGCCAUUUGGAGAUGAAUAAACCGGACAGAAAUGUGUGGCUGAUGAAAUGCCCUACCCUUGUCUCCACAUUCUUCCAACAACAUCUACAUUCUUCUUCAACUCCUCCUCUUAAUUUUGACAAUGACGGCCUCUCUUCCUUUGUUUCUCCUGCGCCUGUCGCUAAAGUCGUCGUCGCCGUUGACCCUCUCCUCUCCAAUGAUGCUACUCAGUUUACCAUGAAAUUGGCUGGCACUUCAUCUGGAAACAUGCCCACUCUUUACUCCAUGGACGUGUCCACAGAUUUUGUUCCGAUGUCUAUAUUUUCUGAGUCAGCUCAAGGAAGGCUUUCUGUGGAAGGAAAGAUAUACCAAAAAUUUGAUAUGAAGCCUCAUCAUGAAAACAGUGAGAACUAUGGAAAAUUAUGCCGUGAAAGGACCAAUAAGUACAUGACUAAAACUAGACAGAUUCAGGUUAUUGACAACGAUAAUGCCAAACAUAUGAGGCCUAUGCCUGGACUUUUUGCUACUAAGGCUUCUGGAUCUGCAGAAAAGAAGAAGGUACCAAGUAAGGGAUUAGAAAUGAAAAGAACAAGGAGGGACCGUGAUGAAAUGGAAGAAAUCAUGUUUAAACUCUUUGAGAGGCAACCAAAUUGGACACUGAAACAGCUGGUCCAUGAGACGGACCAGCCUGAGCAAUUUAUGAAAGACAUGCUCAAACUUCUCUGCAUCUACAACAAUAAGGGCGCGCAUCAAGGCACUUACGAGCUGAAGCCUGAAUACAAGAGGUCAGAAGACAAGCCUGAUUGUUGAUUAUUCAUAGCAUAAGCUUUCUUGUCAGGAGCCUUGGCCAUCAGCCAGGAGAAAACACCAAUUGUUUCAGCUUGAAGACACCAUUCUUUUUGUGCAUAAGAUCAAGUUUAGAGAAAUCCUAUGGUUGUAAUAGUAUAUUUGCUUUAUUCAAAUCAAUUAAGUAUCUUCUACCUUUAGAUUGCUUAUCUUUUCAGCAAACUAGAAUAAUAGUGAUAGAAGGAAAGCCGCCAGAAACGAAGCAUAUACUUUUGGAAAAGGGAAGUAUCUGAAAAUCAUAUAGACAUUCACGUCACUGGACAACUAUUCUUUGCUGGCAGACUUGGAUCUCACGUUGUCAACUUUGACUUUAAGCUAAAUAUAAGGAGUACGUUCCUCGUUAUUUAGCCCAUUGAGAUGGGGCACAAAAGGUGGACAUUAGGUAAUAGGUAUGAGUAACUUGGGUUGAAUUUGGCUCUUAAAUGUUUUGACU